AGGCGAUUCUGCAAGCAGCCUUUGGGAAUUCAGAAAAGGGGCUAUGGAGAACAGAGGGACAGGCGCUCUGUGGGUAAGGCAAGUCCUGCUUCUCUUUGUUUUGCUGGAGACGUCUCAGGCGGGCUCCGAGCCCGGGCGCUUUUCGGUGGUGGAGGAAAUGCAGAGCGGGAGCUUUGUGGGAAAUUUGGCAAAGGACCUGGGACUGGAGGUGGGUGAGCUGUCUUCGCGGGGGGCUCGAGUGAUCUCUAAUGAUAACAAACAGCGUUUGCGGCUGGACACAAACACUGGGGAUUUGCUUUUAAGCGAAACGCUAGACCGGGAGGAGCUCUGCGGCUCCACAGAGCCUUGUGUGCUGCGUUUCCAGGUGUUAAUGAAAAACCCUAUGCAGUUUGUACGGAUUGAGCUUCAGGUCACGGAUGUAAAUGACCACUCUCCCGUCUUCUUGGAAAAAGAAAUGCUCCUAGAAAUCCCAGAGAAUAGUCCUGUUGGUGCUGUGUUCUUGUUAGAAAGUGCACAGGAUUUAGAUGUAGGAAUCAACGCUGUAAAAAACUACACAAUAAGCCCCAAUUCUCAUUUUCAUGUUAAAAUGAGAGUCAAUCCAGACAAUAGGAAAUACCCCGAGUUGGUUCUGGACAAGGCACUGGAUUACGAAGAGCAGCCCGAGCUUGAUUUAAUCCUCGCAGCUCUGGAUGGUGGGACCCCUUCCAGGUCUGGGACCGCCUUGGUGCGGGUUGUGGUGGUGGACACUAACGACAACUUCCCUGAGUUUGAGCAGACGUUUUAUGAGGUGAAGAUUCCAGAAAAUAGUGGCCUCGGCUCACUGGUUGUCACUGUCUCCGCGUGGGAUUUGGACUCGGGAACAAACGGGGAAAUAUUGUAUAGCUUUACCCAUGCCUCGGAAGAUAUCCGCAAGACAUUUGAAAUCAAUCAAAACUCUGGAGAAGUUAAUUUAAAGGCUCCCUUGGAUUUUGAAGCAGUUGAAUCGUAUUCAGUAAUUGUUCAAGCCACAGAUGGGGGAGGACUUUUUGGAAAAUCUACAGUCAGAAUUCAGGUGAUGGAUGUGAACGACAAUGCUCCUGAGAUUGCUGUGUCAUCAAUUACCGGUCCAAUCCCAGAAAAUUCUCCGGAGACUGUAGUUAUGGUUUUUAGUAUCCAAGACAAAGACUCAGGGGACAAUGGGAGGAUGGUUUGUUCUAUCCGAGAAGACCUCCCAUUCGUGCUAAAAGCUUCCGCUGAGAAUUACUACACAUUGGAAACGGAGAGACCAUUGGACAGAGAGAGCAGAGCCGAGUACAACGUCACCAUCACCGUCACCGACCUGGGGACUCCCCCGCUGAAGACCCAGCACCACGUCACCGUGCGGGUCUCCGACGUCAACGACAACGCCCCCGCCUUCACCCAGGCCGUCUACACCCUGCUGGUCCGCGAGAACAACCGCCCCGCCCUGCACAUCGGCAGCGUCAGCGCCACCGACGCGGACGCGGGCGCCAACGCCCAGGUCACUUACUCGCUGCUGCCGCCCCCCGACCCGCGGCUGGCGCCGGCCGCCCUGGUGUCCGUGAACGCCGACAGCGGCCAGCUGUUCGCGCUGCGCUCGCUGGACUACGAGGCCCUGCGCGCCUUCGAGCUCCGCGUGGGCGCCGCCGACCGCGGCUCGCCGGCGCUGAGCAGCCAGGCGCUGGUGCGCGUGCAGGUGCUGGACGCCAACGACCACGCGCCCGUGGUGCUGUACCCGCCGCGCGACGGCUUGGCGCCCUGCACCGAGCUGGUGCCCCGGGCGGCCGAGGCGGGCUACCUGGUGAGCAAGGUGGUGGCGGUGGACGGCGACUCGGGCCAGAACGCCUGGCUGUCGUUCCACCUGCUCAGGGCCACGGAGCCCGGGCUGUUCGGCGUGCGGGCGCGCGACGGCGAGGUGCGCACCGCCCGGCCGCCCAGCGAGCGCGACGCGGCCGCGCACCGGCUGCUGGUGCUGGUCAGGGACAACGGCGCGCCGCCGCGCUCGGCCACCGCCACGCUGCACGUGCUGCUGGUGGACGGCUUCUCGCAGCCCCACCUGCCGCGCCCGGACGCGGCCCCGGCCCGGGGCUGCGGGUAUGAGCUGUGCCUGACGGGAGGCUCGGGGGCCGGCGAGUUCAAGUUCCUGAAGCCGAUUGUCCCCAACUUCCCGCCUCAGGGCACCGGGAAAGAAAUAGAGGGAAAUUCUACCUUUCACGAUAGCUUUGGGUUCCAUAUUCAGUGAUCAUGUUUUAUUUUAGACUUCGUAUUAUUUUAUUUUGUGACAGUUCCAAACCAAUAUUUAUUUACCUCGAUUUGUGUGUACUUUAAAUUUUCCUGAUGUUGUUUUCAUAUUUUAUUGUGUUCUCCCCACCUUUACUUUUAAGUGAAUCCUUUGCUGUUGUUGUUGUUGUAGUGAUAUAAUAAUUUAUUCUCUAACCAUGGAGGUCUUAAUUUGGAAUGAACUUGCUUCUUUAACACUAAAUCACUUUUUGUUCUUGUCCCUCCAAUUAAUUUUCACCCACAAUUAUACUUAUGGUAAAAUAAAGCAGAACAUUU